GAGGCUUCGGGGAUUGUCGUGGGCGAAUAAACUUUAGGACAAGUGUCCCUCAGCUUUCUCCUUACUGCUACGUGCCUCCAGAACUUUCUCUCUCUCAGUUUCCUCUGAAACUGUCUUCGCAUCAGAUGCUUCUCCUUCAUUUAUAUACCCUUACUUACUUCUUAGAAUCUUCACUGAUCACUGCAACAAGCUACUGAUUACUUCUCGGGUUCUCUGAUUCUGACUUCUGACCUUUUCUACGCAAUCAAGUUCCAUUAUUGUCUGCCCUUUUUGAUCUGUAUUAGCAAUCAUGGCUUCCUCGUCGACAAUCGGGUUGGGAAAAGCACUGCUGAACAGGGGAAUUCGAAGGUUGACGACGUCAACAACACCGAAGACGAAAGCAUACGCUCCGGCGGCUGAUUAUGGCUACGCUCAUCACCACCAGAAACGGGAACGGAUGCCGGCGAAGGGGGACUUUGUGCCGGUGUACGUAGCGAUCGGGAUGAUAGCGUUAUCGACAGGGCUUGGGCUGGUCACGGCGUGGCAUCAGCUGAGGACUUCGCCGACGGUGAGCGUGAAGAAGCAGAGGAGGGAGACCCUGCCGGAGGUGGUGGAGCCGGAGCACGUGGCGGAGGAAUCCGAGAAGUUCUUCAAAGGAUCUUUCUUCAGGAGAAUUGCACAUAUUCAGGAUAAGAACAACCCCGAGAAGCAUGUCAUCCCUGAUCCUAUCCGCAGCGAUGCUUAUGCUUCUCCUCGUAAAAUUGAAACUCUGAAGUCUGUUGGAGUUGAUCCUGCACAAGUCUGAUCCUUUCCUGCCUUUGUCAUGAAGUUGUAUGUACAUAUUUGAAAAACCUCACGCAAAAAAAAAAAAAAAGAAGGCUGUUUGGAGCAGCUUUCGUCUCUUUGACUUGUUUUGAGACCAGUAGGAAAAUAAGGUUAGGGAUCUCAGUUUCUGUUGUAUUAGGGUUUUUACUAAUGAACACAAGGCAGUGUAAUUAUGCUCUGUUCCCUCCGACCUUGUAAUAUAUAGACACUUCUAAGCAAACUCCUGCGUCAAUUCAGAUUCAUGCUAUAUUUUCGACGAGAGGUGGGAGAAAAAGUGAAAACUAAAGCUAAAAUGUCUGGUUCAAUGCCGCUGAGCUUAUAGAGUGCAAUUGGAUCUGAGUUGGGCGAGGGUGAAUGGAAAUUAGAUGGCACUUUCCUUACUAGAAGUGGCUUCCAUGUAGAUUUUUGAAGUGGGGGAAGUUGCACAUAUUGGUUUGUAAGAUUAUAGGUAAAAGAAUUAAUGAGAAGUGUGGCUAAAGUGGGGGGAGUCAUGUGAGUUUUGGAAUUCUUUUGGUCAAGUUUCAGAGCUUUGAUGUUUACGUCAAAUAGCAGUCACAAGAAUUCCCUCCAAUAUGAGACGCGAAAAAUGGUGGGAUGCCUGUAUUAUCUUAUGAGGGUGACUUCAUAAAUUCCAAGUUUUAUAAGAAGGUUGAUUCUCUGUA